AUGAGAUGUGAGAUUGUGAAUAUAUGAAGAAAUCUGUUCGGAUCGGAUUAGUGAUGGCAGUAAAAUUAUAACCUCUCUAAAAACAAUGGUCUAUUGCCAAUUCUGAAUCCUUUUAAUGUGACUCGGCUUCGUUGACAUCAAGUAUUGUAAUAUGGAAUCUAAUGAACAAUGUUGUUUCAAAAUGUUGCAAGAAUGCUUGUCAUCAAGUGAAAUCACUCAAAUAUCAGUUAGUACGUGUAAAAAGUUGAAUACAUAUUAUGGAAACAAAUUAGAUGAACUUUAUUCAUUAAAGGCCAUUAAUGAAAUCAAUCGCAAAAAUUCAGAUCAAAAAAUAAUCCAAUUAACUGAAGAGUUGCGUGUUCAAAAAGAAGAACUAAUCAAGUAUCAACAAAACUAUGAUUCAAGUGAAAAGUUUGCUAGUGAUAUACAGAACCAAUUGUCUGAAAGUAGAAAUGUGUUAUGCCAAUUACAGGACAAUAUUAAAAGGUUAGAGAAGGACAACCUUGAACUGCGAAGACAAAAAGACAGUACAAAUGAAGAAAACUAUUCCUUACACUUACAGGUACAACAAAAGAACUCGGAAUUAGAACGUCUGAAGACAGAAAUAACUGCUCUCAGUUCUCAACUUGAAAGUGCAAUAAUUGCCAAAUGUCAAGCACUAGCUAUUGCUGAAGAAGUAAAAAGCCAAGAAAUAUCUUUAGAUUUCAGGGAAAAACGUAUAGAACAAGAACGGAUUCUUUUUUCUCAACAAAUUUCUAGCCUUGAAGAAGAACUAACAAAAAAAACGAAUGAGUUGCACAAUGUAAGAUCGGAGUCAUCUUCUCGUGUACUGAUUUUUCAAACUAAGUUGAGUCAAUGUGAGGAAGAAUUGAAAAUAACUAUUGAAUCACUUGAACAGUUACGUGAAUGUAAUUCGUCAUUGCAAAGGCGUUCUGAGGAAUUAACUAAGAAACUUGACGAUCAAAGAAACCAUGAACUAUCAAUGCAUGCGUCAUACAGAGAAGAAGUAUCAGCUCAAACAAGAUUAGCUGAUCUCUACAAAGGAAUGAUGGAAGAGGCUGAAUCUAAAGCAAAUGAUUAUAGUAAUGCUGUUAAAGAAUUGAAAAAUCUGUUAGAUCACGCUACUGAAAAAUAUGGGAACUUGGAGUCGAAAUUCAGUCAAAAUAGCAUUGAUCACACUCAGGAAAUACUUCAUCAACAGAAAAUGAUUAAUGAGUUAUCAAAAGAACUGAACGAUGCUAAUAACUUGAUACAAAGUUUUAAACAAGAACGCCUUGAUCAGACAGUAGAGCAAUUAGCUCCUGCUGCCGCUGUUGCCAGUAAAAUUUUGAAGAAAGGCUUAAGCUUAACUCAAAUUUACACUAAGUUAGUAGAAGUGACUAAUGAUUUGCACUUGGAAAAAGAAGAAAAUGAAAAACUUAAAUCUCAAAUGGAAAUUAUUUUGAGAGAAUUAGAGGAAAAAGCUCCCGUUUUACAACAACAAAGAAAAGAUUAUGAAACUGCAGUGUCCAACAUUUCCACUCUUACUCUGCGAAUAGAUGAGUUACUAACAGAAAACAGUUUUCUGCAAGAAAAUAAAAAUGAAGCAAAACGAUUAGCUAAUCACAAUGCUAAGGAAAAUCAAAGAUUAAAGUCUGAGGUAGCUGAUCUUGCGAGGCAGGUAUGCUAUCUGCUAAAAGAAGUGCAAGAAAAUCGUACAGGCAUGACGCUUUCUGAAACAAAAGUUACUAUCGAAGCCAAUACUUUACCAUCUUCUCAAAUUAUUAGUAAAAAACUAGUAACUUUUAAAGACAUCGAAGAACUACAAGAAAAUAAUCAGAAAUUACUUGCGAUCGUUAGAACUUUAUCCUCAAGACAAGAAGAAAUUGAGAAAACAACAGAUCAAGUAAAUUCGGGAGAAUUAAAAAAAAAACUUGACAGAUACAUAGCUGAACUAUCAGAUAUGCAAAUAUCACAAGAUAGGCAAGCCAAAAUGUUGGAAAGCCUCAUUAAACAACGAGAUAUGUAUAAAAAUAUGUGUCAACAACACACAAAGUUAACAAUAGUAACGGAAGAUCAAGAAAAUUCCAAAUAUUCCAACACUUCAGAAAAACUGACGACUGUGAUUGAGCCUAAAAGCGUUGAUGAAAAUAAUAAAAUUGAUUAUGAAUCAAGUCAGUGGAAAAUUAAGUAUCAUGAAAUGGAAGAAAAACUUAAAUUAGUCAGUCAAGACCUUCAGAUUUACAAGAAAGAUAAAAUGGCUCAUGAGCGAAUGCUAAAUGAUGAAAUAGAAAGAUUACGUAUAGCAACUGAAAAAUGUUCAGCGGAUUGUUGCAGAUAUAGGGCUCAGCUAGAUUCAGCUAAUGAGAGAUUUAUUUUAUUACAAGAAAAUGUUACAACCUAUAAAAAUCAAAUCAAAGUUUUGGAAGAAAAAUGUAAUAACUACAGCACUACCAUUGGGAAACAUGAGCAAAGUUUGAUGCUAUUAAAAGAUGAAGCCCUUGCUGCUCAAAGUAAUUUAUCUAAGGCAGAAGUACAGUUAGAUAAUUUAACGCGUGAAAGACAAUUAUUACGUGACUCAGAAGGACGUCUAUUAAAGGAAAGAGAAGUUCUGAAACGUGAGCGUCAUACUCAUGCUCUAUUAAAGGCUGAUGUUGAAGUUAUCAAGGCAAGCUUAGAACGCGUGCAGGCAGAAAGUCAGUUACGUACAGAACAGCGGUUAGAUGAUGCCACUCGUGAAUGUGCUGCUCUAAGAAGAAGACUUCAGGAAGAACAAGAUCGUUUUAGAGAAGUGUCUCUCAGUGUAGAACAGCAGUUAACUAUGAUUAAAGAACAAUUAACUGAAGAAAAAAAUCUUACAAGAAGGAUUCAAAACGAGCUUGAUGCUUCAAGGUUGAAAGAGCAAGAUUACCUCAAGAAAAUUGAAGAUUUAAAUAGUCAACUUAAGCUUGCUAUAGCCGCAGUAAAGCCAGUUACAGGAGAAGACAAUUUAAGUAAAAAAUUAAAAGAACUCGAAAUGGAUUUAUCAAACAGUCAAGCAGAAAUAAAAUCUUUGUCUGAUCAGUUAAAAGCUGCAAGAUUUCAAGGACAACAGUAUUGCGAUAUAGCAGAAAGUUCUGAAAUGCAGCUUAGAGAAUCACUGAAUCAUUAUAACAUUAAAACAAAGGAGUUUGAAGAUAUUUUAAGUAAUAAUAAUAAAGAAUUAUGUAUUCUAAAAGAAAAAAACAAAGAAUUAGAAGAUAAACUUACCCAAACAUCUAGUAAUGAGACUACAAAUAAUUUAAAGUUAGAACAAAAAUUAUCUGAAGCAGAAGUAGAACUUGAAGAAUUUAUUCGAAUAAAGAAUGAACUAGAGCAACUUAAAACUGAGUUACAAAAUGCUUGUACUGCUGCAGCUUGUGCUGAAGAAAAAUAUGCAAGGGAAAUGGUUUUACAUUCAAAUGAUUUACAAGUUCUCACUAAGUUAAAAGAAGAAAAUCAAGUUGUCAUAAAUAAAAUAUCAAAACUUACCCAACAAAAAGAUUUAGCUGAAGAAACUUUGCUUGUUAAAAAAUCUUUCUGGCAAGAACAAGAAAAAAGUUUUAAAAAUGAAAUAAAUGAAUUGCAGAGCAGAGUGGAAGAUUUAAACAUGCAAAAUGAAAUUUUGCAUAGUCAAAUACAAGAAGUCAGUGAAAAAGCUGUCAUCAUGUCCAGUCAACAAGAUAAUAUAACUGAUCACACUGAUGGAAGAGAUCCUUCUGAAUCGCUAAACCGAAGUUUUAACAAUGAGAAUACUGGAUCAGUGGAACAAUUAUUAUUAAUAAUAAAGUAUUUACGGCGAGAAAAAGAUUUGACUGUUGCUAAACUUGAUGUUCUAAAGUCAGAGAACAUAAGACUUAAGUCUCAAGUUGAGCUCUCAAAUAAACGUUUUGAAGAAAUGAAAAUAUCUUUAGAUCGUGAACGUGAAAACAAUGAGAUAGGAGUUCUGACAGUUACAAAACAUUCUGAAUUAUUAAGAAAAGUGGAAACAUUGAAUGCUAUUACGGACUCAAAUAGAGUCCUUCGCGAGGAAAGAGAUGCUCUUAUGGAAAAAGUAAAAGUGAUCAGUGGUAAAUUAAAUGUAUUAACGGCUGAAGUAGUCCCGUUGCGUGAAAAAACUUGUAAUUUAGAAACAAAAGUUGAAACCUUGCAACAAGAAAAUAAUAGCUUAAAAAGUGAAGCUACAAGAUGGCGCCAAAGAGCAAAUGCUUUAGUUGAAAGAGCAAAUAAAGCUAGUCCUGAAGAUUGGCGUAGACUACAAACUGAAAGAGAAAAUUUAAGUAAACUUCUGACUUCGGAAAGAGAAACUUUUGCUAAGUGUAAUGAAGAAUUAAAUGUUAUAAAAAAUGAAAAAAUAAAAUUAGAAGAGCAUUUAAAACAAGUGGAAAAUCAAUUAGUAACAAAAGCAGCUCAAGUAACACAAAUGACAGAAGGUUCUAAAAAACUGAAUCAAGAUCUUAAUAAUUAUAUCAACGAACUUAAUGAAAAAGUAAAGGAAAUAUCAAUUCUUAAAAAAGAUUUAGCUACAAAAGAUGUGGUAUUGUCCGACUUGAAAAACAAAGAAAUUCAAAUACGUAAAAUUGCUAAGAAAUACAAAACACAAUAUGAAGAAUUGACAAAAACUGUGGAGGAAAAUAAAAAAACUACAGAAAAUACUCAGUCAAUUCAAACGUAUAAAAAAAACCCCACAAAUGAGGAAGAGCAGACUGGUUUUGAUCGAGAUGAAACAUUAACGAUGAAAUUAGAAGAAUUAAACCAACAAAUAUUAAUCACACAGUCUGAAUCUGAGAAUCUUAAAAAAGAAAUUGAAGUAAUUAAUAAAACUAGUCUCGAAAAAGAAGAACGUGCAAAGCUUGUUUUAAAAAAUGCGCGAACAAAAAUAAUGCAGCUUACUGAAUACAAAAAGCUUUGCGAAAAAGAGAUGCUCGAAUUAAAGGAAAAACUCGAUUUAAGUUCAAAUGAGAGUGAUUCAAACAAAAACGAAUAUGAAGCCAGACUUGCUGCAUUAAAAUCUCAAAUGGAAAGUCGCAUAUCACGUUUAGAACACGAACGUUUAGAUCUUCAGACUGAGAAAGAAGCUUUAUUGCAACGGAAUGUACAACUACAACGGCAAUUAUCUGGUCAGAAUAACAACAAUGCUGGAACAAAUGAACCUCCAACUGCUAAUAUAAAACCUAUGUCAGCACGUACAGAAACGCCUUUAGCAAGUAUUCGUCCAAUGAGUGUUGUCGUUCAAUCUCGCACAGCUGCCGUUUUACCUACGACAGCUGGAGCUCCUCUUCUUUUGGCAGCUCAACAGCAACAAAUUGUGCAUACUACUGAAACGAGCUCUCCUACAAGCUCUCAUACAGAUUAUCAACCAGCUAGUACAAGCAGACAACUUGCCGUUCCACCUCAGCUUAGCGAAUCUGCUGAAUCUACUCAACGAGAAGAAUCAGAAAUUAUUGAACCGAUAAACCCCCAACAGCAGCAACAGCAGUGUCCACAACAAACCAUUGCGUUAGUGAGUCCACGAGUAGAACAACAGCAGCAACAAUCACUGCAACCAACUUUAUCUUCUGAUCAACAGCAAACGGUUCCUAGUAGUUCUACGCAACCAGUCAGUACAUCACACACUCUAAUUGGCAAUAAACGAACACGAACAUUAGAAUCAUCUUCAACAGCAUUGACUUCAAAUGAAAAUGUAGAUGGUGCAAGGCAAGAACAGUCCUUAAGUCCAAAAUGUAAAAGAAGCAGACAACUUGAUUUAGCUUCUUCUACACCUGUCAGUGUAUCAGACAUCGAGUAUCAGGUACCGACAUCGAGCCAAAGAGAUCAAGAUGAAGAAGGUGAUGAUGCUUGUGUAAUUAUCGAUUGCGAUGAAGGGGAAACUCAUAAUCCUCAAGAUGAAGAAUUUGAAAAUGACGCUUAUGAAGAAAUCGAAGAAGAACUGCGUUACAACGUAGAAGUAGAGGGUGACAAUAACGAAGUUGAAAUAGUUAAUGAAGAAGAUUCACCAAAUGUCGAAGAAGUAAGACAAGUGCAAACGGGAGCUUCUAAUGAUCAUCAACAACAAUCUGAGGCAAUAAGUAGUGCAGGAAAUUCUGGGGAAACUCAGUUUUCAAUUAGAUCCUUAAGGGGGAUUGUUCCAGUAUCGAGACAGCAACCGCAACAGCAUUUGUUGUUGCCACAGCAAGCAUAUGAAGAAAUAGGCGAUGACUGUAUAGUCCCUAGUACACCAACUUUAUUCGUCCCUAGAAGAAGCGAUGGAUUUGGCGAGGCAAUUAAUUCUCCGCAGGUGCCUCAAAAUAGAUUUGUAUUCGGAGAAACAUCUAUUCCUGUCUCAUCUACUUUAACAUCAGCUCAUACAAGUACAUCAGCUAGUAAUGAAAGAGCGAUGUAUAAUCCAAGUACAUCAGGCUUAGCACAGGUAGUUCAAGAAGGAAUGGAUGACACAAGAGUGGACUUAACACAAAUGGAUGAAAUAAGCACUGAACAAAGUGCACCUACAAUUCCACAACAAAUCUCUCCGACUGAACAUUUAAUUUCGGUUACCAGUGGUUCUCUCCAUAAAAAAGACGAUGUCAUACAAGUUUCGAACGAGCCUUUAUCCAACACAUGUCAAACAAUUGAUAAAACGUCAUCAACCGUUCGUGUUGAAUCUAUUCAAGAACAAGAACAGGAACCCGCUGAUGUUGAUAAUUUAAAUAUUGGGUUGGCUUCUGAAGAAAGUAGCACAGUAGGUGAAGAAAAAUUAAGACAAGAAGUCAUAGUAUCAGUAGAUGAGGAAGACGAUGUCACAGAUAUAGAUACAGAUACUAUUCAAGAAACAACUGAAGAAGCAAUAAAUGAGGAUAAUACAAAAGAAACGAGUCAAGAAUCUGAAGCAUCGCCUUCUAGUAAUACUCGUCAAAGAACUGCAGCUUCUGUUGGUGGAAUAAUAUCGUCAGUGCGAGGAGCGACAGCUAGAAGGUCUACGAGAACUACUUUUCGUACAUCACGAGGCACACGACUUACCCCUAUUAUUUGGGAUAAUCAAACAUCUUCACGAGGACAGGGAAUAAUACGAAGUCAUACAGCUAGAGGUUCAACAAGUGACAGUAUACGAGUUCGAGGAGCCAGAGGCCGUAGAAUACGUUCAAAAUAUCCUUACAACUAUUAAUCUUCACUAGAAUACUUUAUACACACUAUUAUUUAUCUAAAAAUUUUCUUUAAGUUAUUGGAAAAGUUGAUUGUAAUAAAUAAUAAGAAAACAUGA